GUUCCUGUCAUGUGACACUCACUCCCGGCCGGCUCCCUCGCAGCCCUGUCCGUUGUGGCGGGAACGGGUCUGAGGAAGGGGCUCCUCCAGGGACUUGGUCCUUUGGUGCCCAGGGCCAAGACCUCGAGGCUCACCCACCCGGCACCCCGCACUCCGUCACUGGCAGAGAGUAGGAGCGGGGCGCCCCAGCCUUAGCCGUGGCGCAGAGAUGCUGCGUCAGUGGUCGGUGGCGUCGGGGCCCGGGGAGCCAGAGCCCGGGGAGCCCGGGGCAGAGGAGCUGUGGGAGCAGGAGAUGGAGAGGCUGUGCACAUCCAGGGCGCCGGUGCGCACGCUGCCCUACGCCAUGGUGGACAAGCGGGUCAUCCGGCAGCUGCGGGAGCCCGAGGGGGUGCAGCCUUCGUGCUGGGAGCGGUGGCAGCGCCGAAGACAAACUGCGGGACGGCGCCUCAGAGAGACAGCGAGGCGGCUGAUCGGCGGCUGCGGGCUCUGGAAGGGGGCUCUUUACGAGAUCGGGGGCCUCUUUGGCACUGGAAUCCAGUCCUACUUCACCUUCCUGCGCUUCCUGCUGCUGCUCAACCUGUUGACGGUCCUGCUGAUAGCCAGCUUCGUACUGCUACCCCUGAUCUGGUUCCACUCCCCUGAGCCAGCGCCCACCCUGAGCCUGACCCUCCAGUGCCCCGAUGGCUACCAGCCCCAGACCGGCCAGCAGAGGCUCCACAAUCAACUCUGGAACAUCUUAACUGGCAGGGCCUUCGACAACACCUACCUCUUUUAUGGUGCAUACCGGGUGGGGCCUGAGAGCAGCUCCGCGUACAGCAUCCGCCUGGCCUACCUGCUCAGCCCACUGGCCUGCCUGCUCCUCUGCUUCUGUGGGACACUGCAGCGGAUGGUGAAGGGGCUGCCGCAGAAGCCAUUCCUGGGCCGGGACCACAGGAUGCUUCUCAGUGCUAAGGUCUUCUCCUCCUGGGACUUCUGCAUCCACGUGCAGGAGGCUGCCACCAUCAAGAAGCAAGAGAUCAGCAAUGAGUUCAAGGUGGAGCUGGAAGAGGAGCGCCGUUUCCGGCAGGUGCAGCAGCAGACCCAGGCCCAGAGGGCCUGCCGCCUGCUCACCUACCUGCGGGUCAACCUUCUCAUGGGGCUUCUGGUGGUGGGGGCCAUCAGCGCCAUCUUCUGGGCCACCAAGUACUCACAGGACAACAAAGAGGAGUCUCUGUUUCUCCUGCUCCAGUACCUGCCCCCUGGCAUCAUUGCCCUGGUCAACUUCCUGGGCCCCCUGCUGUUCGUCUUCCUGGUCCAGCUGGAGCAUUAUCCUCCCAACACUGAGGUCAACCUCACCCUCAUCUGGUGUGUGGUGCUGAAGCUGGCCAGCCUGGGGAUGUUCUUGUUCUCCCUAGGCCAGACCGUGCUGUGCAUCGGCAGAAACACGACCAGCUGUGAGUCCCACAGCUACAACGCCUGUGACUACCAGUGCUGGGAGAACUCGGUGGGGGAGGAACUAUACAAGCUGAGCAUCUUCAACUUCCUCCUCACGGUGGCCUUCGCCUUCCUGGUCACCCUGCCUCGCAGGCUGCUGGUGGAGAGGUUCUCAGGCAAGUUCUGGGCCUGGCUGGACCGAGAGGAGUUCCUGGUGCCCAAGAACGUGCUGGACAUCGUGGCGGGGCAGACAGUCACCUGGAUGGGCCUCUUUUACUGCCCCCUGCUGCCCCUGCUCAACAGCGUCUUCAUCUUCCUCACCUUCUACAUCAAGAAGUACACCCUCUUGAGAAACUCCCGGGCGUCCCCGCGGCUCUUCCGAGCCUCCAGCUCCAUCUUCUUCUUCCAGCUGGUCCUCCUCCUGGGCCUGCUUCUGGCAGCGGUGCCCCUGGGCUAUGUGGUCAGCAGCGUCCACUCCUCCUGGGACUGCGGCCUCUUUGCCAACUACUCGGCCCCCUGGCAGGUGGUCCCGGAGUUGGUGGUCCUCCGCCUCCCACUGCCCGGCCAGCGCGCCCUCCACUACCUCGGCUCCCACGCCUUCAGCUUCCCUCUCCUCAUCCUGCUCAGCCUUGUCCUGACCGUGUGCGUCUCCCAGUCCCGGGCCAACGCCAGUGCGAUCCAGGGUCUCCGGAAGCAGCUGGUGAGGCAAGUCAAGGAGAAGUGGCACCUGGUGGAGGACCUGUUGCGGGUGCUGCCAGAGCUGGGCCCGAACAAGUCUCCGGGACCUGAGUCCCCUCACUCCGGGGCUUCGCCCCCGCGGUCCUUCUGCCCUGGAUUCCCGUGCCCAGGCUCCCCGGGCCCCAGGUCCCCCCUGCCCGGACCCUCCCUCGGGCAUCCCGCCGGGCCGCGCUCCCCCUGCUCCGGAACGCACGACGCCCCGGCUCCCCCCUGCAGAUUCCGCUUCCCCAGCGCCGCGGAGCAAUAGCACCCCUGUCCCCGCUGGGGACCAUCGCCCCGCCCGCAGCCUCCCAGGCCUGGGAUGGGGUCCCCCAAGGGAAGUGCACACACCCAGGAGCAGCAGGAAGAAAAUAAUAGGCACUUGUGUUUGUUUUCAUCUCAUUCCUUGAAAACUAUUUUUCUGUGAAUGUUUUAUAAUGUACAUAAUGUAUUGAUAUAGUUACUCAUGGAAUCAUUUUAUAAAUAUACAUCUAUUGAGAGUACUCACUCAGAAGUUGUUUACCAAUGGAAGGCCGUUGUAAAAGAGUGAGACCUCCAUCUGUGGAAAAUGUCCCCGAAUGGCACAAGCGGUUAAGUGUGGAAAGGCUGGUGGUGUGAACCCACCCACAGGCACCCCAGAAGACAGCUCUGGGGAUCUGCUUCCCAAAGGUCAUGGCCUUGAAAACCCUACAGAGCCGUUUUAUUCUGCACACCUGGGGUCACCAUGAGUCGGAAUCAACGCCAAGGCAACUCACAAGAACCCACACCUGUGGAAGGGGUACACCUGUGUUGAGGGCUUGCUGUGCAUUCCAAGUGUUUUAUGUAUAUCAUCUCGUUUAAUUCUCCCACAGCCUUCUGUUAUUCUUGUUAGCUGCCAUUGAGUCGGCUCAGACUCGUGGUGGCCCUGUGUACAACACAAGGAAAUAUCGCCCAGUUCUGCACCAUCUUCAUGACGGUUGGUAGGCUUGAGUCCAAGCCUGCAGCCACUGUGUAUGUCGAAUGACUUCCAACCUAGGGGGCUCGUCUUCAGCACUGCAUUGGACAAUCUCGGCGAAUUUUUUGAAGCUGAUCACCAGGCCUUUCUUCCUAACUUAUCUGAGUCUAGAAGCUCUGCUGAAACCUGUCUACCAUGGGGGAUCCUACUGGUGUUUGAAAUCUGGUAGCAUAGCUUCCAGCAUCAUAACAACAAACAAGCCACCACAGGAUGUCAAACUGACAGGUGGGUGGUGGAUUCCUUCUUUACAUAUGAGAAAACUGGCCCCUCAGAGGUUAGCUAAUGGGCCUAGAGUCAGAAAGGACAGGGCUGGGGUUGGGACCCAGACACUCUCCUCAGAGCCAUCUUGUGCCUCUGAGGGUCUCCGAGGCCACUCCUGACCCCAUGGCCUUCCUGGAGCCAGGGGCAGUCUCUAUGUUGCAGCACCCCUCCCCCAAUUCAAGAUGAAUAGAUGUUGAUAGCAACAGGUCAGCAGAAACACCUUCCCCCCCUUGCCCAGCUGCCUCAGUCAUGCACCUUUCAUAUUUGUGGCGCCUCAGAAUGUCAUUCUGCACCUUAUCUGGUGCCCUCUUGGACUUGGGCCAGGUGGCAAGUGCCCCCCUCUGCCCACUCCCACCUUCACAUGCCCCUGUCAGCCUCUCUGUCAGGAUUCUUCUGCAAGGACCACCCUGCCUCAACAAAGGACACCAAAACAGAGGUCCGGCCAUGCCUUCCACAGGACUCUCUCCCAUCCUCCCCCUCCACCCUGAGACUGCUGGUCAAGCUGACCUCCAGGGACGGUGGGGUGAUGGGGCCCACUCUGAGGACCAUCACAGUGCACAGACCUGCAUUGUGGGAAACAGGGAGUGUAGGUGGCAGAGGGCAGCACCCUCAAGGCCCAGCUCUGCCAUCUCUGAGCCUCCAGUCACCGAGGCUGCUGUGGCUUUAAACCUGUGGUUGCCAUACUUGGAGAGCACCCAAAAGCUGAUAAAAGCUGGCCCCACCCCAGAGAUGCUAAUGUAAUCGGGUGCAGCCAGGCACCCAGAUGUUCUAAAGCUCCGGGUGACUCUCCCAGGCAGCUGGGCGGAGAAGUGCUGGUUAGAGAACCAUCAGCAGGAAGGUGAGGAAGAACCCCGGGACGAGCUUGGACAGCCUUAAGGGUCCCAACGUGGGUAUAGGGCAGCUCUGCCUGCCAUCCUCGGGCUGGGUGCUUCUUCAUCUGGUCAGUCACGACAGCCCCCUCAGCCCCUCCAGUCAUUCACUGGCCUUGCCUCUCACUCAGCAACAGUCAAUGAACAAAUACAUUAAGUGAUGCUAAACACCAGGCCCUGUUCCAGGGGCUGAUGAGGCAGUGAGGGGGGGAAACAGAUGGAGUUCUGCCCUCAGUCAGCAGAGGGCCACGAGCCUGGCCAGAUGAAAGUGAUGUGCUGUUAAUUAGCAGCUUGGGGCCAAAGUGUGGUCUCUGGACCUUCAGUAUCAGCAUCACCUGGGGGACAACCACCCCCAUACAACCCCUCAAUGCCUCAUGAUCCCCCUUCAGCCCUGAAUUCCCCCCCACACACCCAACUUUCAGCAGAUGCGGGAGCAGAUGCCCUGAAUUUGGACUUCUAGCCUCCUAAAUUGUGAGAAAAGAUUUUUGUUAAAUCCACCCCCUUGCGGUGUUUCUGUUAUAGCAGCACUGGAACACUGAGAUGCUCCCCAAAUGGGAGAAAUUACAAGCAGAGAAGUAGGUGGGCCUUUGGGACCCAGGGUCUGUUCCCAAGGAUGGGAGUCAUCACUGUGGGUGGCUGUGACAGAAGCUGACUCAUGUCCCUGGGGAGCGAGGAGACUCCUUGGUGGCCGACAGACAUGGUAUUGGAAGCAGGAUCUCCUGGACACCACAUGGGGACCCAGCUUCUCACCAUAGUCCUUCCCAUUGCUCCCUGGUGGGCAGGUCACCCUCUCAGACCAGCUUCCCACUGCACCCAGAUCUCACAGGCCUCAGCCAAUCGCCCUGAGAAGGACCAAGGAGAGUCCUGGGGCAGGGCUGGAAUUGGCCUUCCUGGUCAGUGUCCAUCCCUGGAUCUGUCGGGGGUGGCGAUGGGGUUGGCCAAGACAGGUUCUGCAGGGAGAAGGCAGCUCCCAUGGGACACAGAUGGUUACCUGUGGGGUGGGGCCAUCCCUAGAGAAGGCCCAAAUGACCGUUUCCUGCACAGAGUAACUGAGCAUUGCCAGAGAGGGCUGGCUGGUGCAUCGGCCUAGACUGGGUGUGGGUAAGGAGCCAGGCUGCUCGGACACCCAGCCUUGGGCAGGCAGAUGCCAAGGCCCACUGUGGGGUUGGCGGGUCCCAGUCUCACCUGCUUCCUCUGUUCUCUGCUCCAGGUACUCUGAGCUCCCCACCCUGAGGGUUCAGCCCUGGUCUGGAGCUCUGCCACAUGGCUCUUGCACUCUCUGAGGUUUCCGGGCUCUGGGGGGCCCCAUUCUCUUCCACCCUUCUCCUCAGACCCAGUUAGCUCUGCUGCAGGCUGCCACAAAGGCUGUGACAUGGGCUAUGAUGUGGCUUGGUCUCCUUUUGGCCUAGGCUGGUGGGGGCCUGGGGCCCAGGUCCCCGGGAAUGACCCACACUCCAUGGGCAUGGGGAAGGGCUCCCGCUCUGAGCUCCUCAGGAACGGUGCUUGAGCACAACACCUGCCUGCCAUCCCUUGACAUACUCAGGUGACCAGGGCCUCCCCUCUAAGGUUUAAUCCAAGGACUGAACCCAGUGCCAGCCACCCAGCAGGUGAUCAAGAAGAAACCACCAAGAACUGGCAGAGGCUGCCUGGCCUUCUGCUUCUCUGACCGGAUCCCCCCACCCAUUCCCCAACAUGAGCUGAGCAGGGGCUGCCUGGCCUUCCUCUUCUCUAUCCAGAUCCCUGACCCAUUCCCCCUGGGAGCUAUGUAAGGACCCUUGGGUGGUACAGUUAACAUACUCAGCUACUAACCAAAAGGUUGGAGGUUCAAGUCCACCCAGAGACGCCUUGGAAAAAAGGCCUGGCAAUUUAUUUCUGAAAAAUCAGCCAUUGAAAACCUCAUGGUACCCCAAGAGUAUGGCCCCCAGACACACUUUUAACUCAGUACUGAAGUCACUCCUGAGGUUCACCUUUUAGCCAAAGAUUAGACAGGUCUAUAGGGGCAACAAUAACAUGCGUAUUCGUAGGAAGGGGCAGAAAAACUGGACAAAUGGAAACAGGGAAACUAGGGAGAGUGUUGACACAUUGUGGGGUUGCCAGCCAAUGUCACAAAACAAGGUGUGUAUUAACUGUUUAAUGAGAAUCUUCCAGGACAUUCUCCCCAUAUCAAGGCCACCUGAUCAGCAACCUCAAUUCAACUGCAACCUCAACUGCCCCUCGCCAGUGCAGGCACCCACUUGGCAAGGAGCACCCCAUGAGCCCCAGCAGGGAAGUGGCCAAGGGUGAGGAAGCUCGUUGGAGCCUGGGCGGAGGGCUCACACCAGCAGAGCCUCCAGAGGCUUCUCCAAGGAUCUGGAGAACGGUGAGUAGACCAGAAGUCUGGAGGGAGACGUGCCCCCAGCUGGGGACCCGGUGUUGGAGCCCCCCAUGUAGGGGUCUUGACUGGGGAGGAGGUCCAAGAGGACUCCUGUCAAAAAAAAAAAAAAAAAAAAACA